AUGAAUCUGCUAGCUACGCGUUUGCCACCGCGGCAACAGAUCAAAGCGUACAGUCGUUUUUUCCAAGAUAUUGUCGCGGCAGAAGUUUUCCUCUCGGCAGGCUCCUCCGGUGUCGAUUGUUGUGAUGAGGUUGAAGAAGCCGUUGAGCUCGUCACGCCGGUCACGGAAGAAGCGCACGGGCUAACCUCGCCGGAAACACGGAGCAUCAAGACCCUUUGUCAGGGCAAAGACGACCACACGCACCCUGCAGACGCAGGCCUACGGGACCGAGCCCGCAACUGGAACUUUGGAGUCGUCAGCUUGUCAGCCUGGAGCUUGGCCAGGGAUCGCAGGGCCGCUACGUCACAGCCGGGCAGCUCCACCGCGGUGGGCAGGGCUCGUAUGAGGACGGACCGGAGGAUGGAGAAGGAGUACGGGGUACAUGCUCGCCAUGGGCACGGAGAAUUGGCCGUCGAUGUAACAGGUACUGGGGUGCGCUUGUUCUACUAUCGCCGGUCCCUUUGGGAGAGAAGUGUGACCACUUCGUCGUUCUCGUAUCUCGAGGCUAGUAUGUAG